CGCUGACAGACGCGGCCGUGGCGAUAAGCCUUGUCCUUUGAAGCGGCUAACCAACCUGAUUUAGCCGCCGCCCGGCGCUGACCUCUCCAACGUUUAGCCGCCGCCCGGCGCUGACCUCUCCAACGUUUAGCCGCCCGGCGCUGACUUCUCCAGCGUUUUAGCCGCCGCCCGGCGCUGACUUCUCCAGCGUUUAGCCGCCGCCCGGCGCUGACUUCUCCAACGUUUAGCCGCCGCCCGGCGCUGACUUCUCCGACGUUUAGCCGCCGCCCGGCGCUGACUUCUCCAACGUUUAGCCGCCGCCUGGCGCUGACUUUCCCACCAUCUCCACCAUUUAACGCGACCUUUUCUUGUUGCUGACGGUGAACAGCUAGACGAGCGGUAUGAGCAACAUUUACAUCCAGGAGCCGCCAACCAAUGGAAAGGUGCUGCUGAAGACCUCAGCAGGUGAUAUUGACAUUGAACUGUGGUCCAAGGAGGCGCCCAAAGCAUGUAGAAACUUUGUGCAGCUAUGUAUGGAAGGUUACUACGAUGGCACGAUAUUUCACCGGGUGGUGCCUGAAUUCAUUGUUCAGGGAGGAGAUCCCACUGGAACAGGGACUGGUGGAGAGUCCAUCUACGGCAGGCCGUUCAAGGAUGAAUUUCACUCCAGGCUGCGCUUCAAUCGCAGAGGAUUGGUGGCCAUGGCGAACUCAGGACCAAAUGAUAAUGGCAGUCAGUUUUUUUUCACCUUGGGACGUGCUGACGAGCUUAACAACAAGCACACCAUAUUUGGCAAGAUCACAGGGGACACAAUUUAUAACAUGCUCAGAUUAUCAGAAGUCGAAUGUGAUCGGGAAGAAAGACCUUUGAACCCUCACAAGAUGAGAACAACUGAGGUAUUACACUCUCCUUUCGAUGACAUCGUUCCUUGUGAAAGAAGGAAAACCAAAACGAAAAAAGAUAAAGAGGAAGGAAAGAAAUGUCAGGCAAAAGCCACCAAAAACUUCAGCCUUUUAUCUUUUGGAGAAGAAGCAGAAGAAGAGGAGGAGAUGGUGACUCAAGUCAGCCAGACGCUGAAAGGAAAAAGCAAAAGCAGCCAUGACCUACUGAAGGACGAUCCCAGACUAAGUUCUCUUCCAGCGGUUGAUAAGAAAAACGAGAGGGCCGCAGCUGGAGAUACAGCCGAGGUGGACGGCGAUGAGGUGACAGGGAAAGGAGAUGCCGAUGAAGAGUAUGACUCGGACCAUAAGGACAAAAUGAGAGAACUCCUCGCUAAAAAGCUGAAGAAAGACAAAGGGCCAAACGAAAAGCCAGAACCAGCUGAGGAGGAUCGAGGGAAGAAGACCAGUCGCAGUGAUGAACUACGUAAAGAGGCACGUCAGCUGAAAAAGGAGCUGCAGGCCAUAAAGCAAAGGAAAGAGGAAAGUUCAAAACCUGUUCAAGAUGAAGACAAAGAGGGGGAUACAAAACCACAGAGUGUGGCUGUGGCUGAGUAUCUGGAAGGGCGAAAAAAGUACGAGGAGCUCAAGAAACAAAAAAGGAAGGGGGGUUCUAACCGUGAAGCACAGACACUGGCCCUCCUGGAUCGUUUCAAGUCCAAGCUGUCUUCAGCCAUUAUUGAAGCCCCAGAGAACGACGUGGAGGAACUGGGAGAGGAUGACGACAAGGGGUGGAUGAGCCAUGUUCUACAGUUUGAUGAGCAAACCAGAAAAGUCAAGGACGCCACCAUGCAGGACGAGGACACUUUUGAGAUCUAUGAUCCACGAAACCCUGUUAAUAAACGGAGGAGAGAGGAGAGCAAGAAAAUCCUGAAGGAGAAGAAAGCCAGGAGGUGAAGCUGCAAGGUCAAAGGUGAUGUCAUGCCUUGUCUCGUGACUUGAGAACUAGUCUCCUGCCUCCCCGCUUUCACCGUUUCAAACGAGUCAUUCUGGGGGCGCCCCGGUGACUCACCUGAUAGAGCACAAACCACACGAGGCUGAGUCCUUACCACAGCGGCCUGGGUUCGAAUCUGGCCCGGGCCCUUUGCUGGAUGUCAUCCCCUCUCUCUCCCCUGCCUUUCCUGUCUCUCUUUCAACUAUAGCUAUGGAAUAAAGGCGGAAAAUGCCAAAAAAAUAAUCUUAAAAAAAAAAGUCAUCCUGCUGUUGUUGAAUAGUCUUUUGUCUGAUUCAAGGAUGCUGAUUCCAGUCUGCAGCAUCCCUGAAGGCUGUGAUACUGACGUUUCUACCCUUGUGUCAUUUGCACCUAUGCCGUAUAUUCAGUGGGUUGUCAUUACGGGCCAAGAUUAAGCGGUUCUAAUUCUGAAAAUGGUUUUGAUUGGUUGUGCUGUUUUGCAUAAUUACAAAGUGACCUUUUUGUUAAAUGUUUGAAAACCCUUUUGUUAUGAAGCAUAUUUCUCGCAUGCAUUCAUUAUCUUGUGAAAUAAAUGACAUUUA